GGGGCGUUGACAAGAAGCAUCACAAGGGAAAGCGCUCGAGCUGCAGCCGUCCAGCGUUUAUCAAUGCCGCUCAACACAUCACCGCCCUGGCUGUUAGGUGAAGCGUUACCCUAAACAGUGUGAGAUUCACUUUCACGAUGGCGACACCUGCAGAACAGGACCUUGUGUUGGCGGAAGCAGAGGGCAACAAAGAGAGAACGCAAGUGUUCGGGAUCCUCAGAUUGCAGGAGGAUAAAUCGGCCGGCGAGAAAGCGAGCAGCCCUGCCAUGAAAUCUGGAGACGGGAGAUGGCAGGCGCCCAUAUUCGCGCUAGCCAGAAAGGCUUCAGAAACCUUCUCUGGUGGCAUUCAUGUGCUUCCCAAAGUUACAGAGCCUAAAACGUCGCCUUUUACCGAAGAAUGGGGUGCCAGGGCCUUUCGGGAUCCCAUGGCAAUGGAGCGAGCUAACUUGCUCAAUAUGGCUAAGCUUAGCAUCAAAGGCCUGAUCGAGUCAGCUCUGAGCUUCGGACGAACUCUGGACUCUGACUAUCCGCCUCUGCAACAGUUCUUUGUUGUCAUGGAGCACUGCCUGAAACAUGGCCUCAAGGUGAAGAAAUCGUUUCUUGGUUACAACAAGUCAUUGUGGGGGCCUCUGGAGAUGGUGGAGAAGCUUUGCCCAGAAGCAGGAGAAAUCGCAGCCAGUGUACGAGAUCUUCCUGGCCUGAAGACUCCUCUGGGCAGAGCCAGAGCGUGGUUGAGACUGGCACUGAUGCAGAAGAAAUUAGCUGAUUACCUUCGCCUCCUCAUCACCAGGAAAGACAUUCUUAGUGAGUUUUAUGAGAGCUCAGCGGUGAUGCUGGAGGAGGAAGGCGCUGUCAUUGUUGGGCUCCUGGUGGGACUGAACGUCAUUGAUGCAAACUUGUGUGUGAAGGGUGAAGACCUCGAUACGCAAGUUGGUGUAAUAGACUUCUCCAUGUACUUGAAGAAUGACAUUGAUGACUACAGAAGUGAAGAAAGGAAUGGACAGAUUGCAGCUAUUUUGGAUCAGAAGAACUAUGUUGAAGAAUUAAAUAGGCAGCUGAAUUCUACAGUGCAAGGCCUGCAGGGGCGCGUGGAGUCAUUAGAAAAAACCAACUCCAAACUCAUAGAAGAGUUGGCAAUAGCGAAAAACAACAUAAUCAAGCUGCAGGAAGAAAACCACCAACUCAGAACCGAAAAUUCUGUCAUUCUAAUGAAAGCACAACAACGUCUUGCGGUUACAGAAGGAGAUUUGAGCUGUGAGUUGGACACGUACAAGCAGUCAAGGCAGGGCCUGGAUGAAAUGUACAACGAGGCUAGACGCCAACUAAAAGAGGAAUGUCAGCUCCGGCAGGAUGUGGAGAAUGAGCUGGUUGUGCAGGUGAGCAUGAAGCAGGAGAUGGAGAUGGCCAUGAAACUGCUAGAAAAGGACAUCCAUGAAAAACAGGACACUCUGAUUGGACUCCGGCACCAGUUAGAUGAAGUAAAAGCCAUCAAUGUGGAGAUGUACCAAAAAAUGCAGUCUUCAGACGACAGCAUGAGACAGAAGAAUGACAUGAUCGCACGGUUGGAGGAGAAGACCAAUCAAAUUACGGCAACUAUGAAACAACUAGAGCAAAGAUUGCAGGAUGCCGAGAGGGAACGGGCCAGUGCCGAAGACGGGGUGCGCAAAUUCAAGCAGGACUUCACAAACAAAGCCGAAAGUCUCCAAAAGCAGAUAGUCCAGAGAGAGAAGCAGAUGACGCAGCUGGAAACAGACUUGAAAAUCGAGAGGGAUUGGCGGCAGACGUUACAGAAUGAACUGGAGAGAGAACGAGAGACAAUCACCCAACUAGCUGCUGAAGCUCAGCAAAUCAACGGACUCAAAAAAGAGUUUCACAGGCUGCAGGAUGAGAACACACUGCUGAAGGGGAUUUGUGAAGAGCAGGAACAUGCGCUGGAGGAACUGGGCUGCAAAUUAAGCGAGUCAAAGUUGAAAAUCGAAGAUAUAAAAGAAGCCAACAAGGCACUUCAGGGUGGACAGGUCUGGCUGAAGGACAAAGACGCUACACAUUGCAAGCUUUGCGAGAAGGAAUUUUCAAUCUCCAGAAGAAAGCACCACUGCAGGAACUGUGGCGAGAUCUUCUGUAACGCCUGUUCAGAUAAUGAGCUGCCGCUUCCCGCUUCUCCCAAACCCGUGAGAGUCUGCGACACAUGCCACGCUAUGCUCCUCCAGCGCUGCUCCUCCAACACCACAUAAAACACGACGCUAACAAGUCCCAAAGUGGCCAAAAUGGAGUUUACAUUUCAGAUGGGGGGAAAAAAAGCUUGUUGCUUCCGGUGCAGAUGGCCAAUGCGAUGUUCGUCAGCGAGCGCGCAACGAGUUUACAAAUGGAUUAAUGACUCUUAACGCCUCCGUCUGGGGUGCAAGUCGACCGAUUUCAGGUUUUAUAUUAGCACAACACUCCCAUGCAUUUUUGAUAUAUGAAGGGUGAACCGGUUUCAUUCCUUGUCAGUCAGAAGUCAAUUCAGUUACUCGUUUCUUAAGCAACUGUAUUUCUGAUUCAGUUCAUUCAUGUGUGCCUGCAUAACAAGCCAAACUGACAAGAGAUUUGACAUCAUUCCAGAUGUUUGUAUAUGUACGGCAGAAGAGAAAAUGUUGUCAGUGCUGCUCAUGAAUGAUUGAGGUUGAUUCUCGUCAAAUAGCACAGAAACGUUGUUGUGAAUACGAUGUUCAGGUUUCUUGUCUGCAGUAUGGUAUUAUUUCACAACUGCAGAUUUACUUUGGUACAGAACUGGAACACUACUCACUUUGAGCAUUUGUGUUGACUUUUGUCUGAAUAAUUGUUCAUAAUGCAGCUGUUAACUUAAAUGUGAAGUUUAUGAAACUGUACAUAUGCCUUACACAACUAAAGUUGACUAUAAUUC